UCAUUGAUGCAUCAAUGUUAGUAUCGAUAUUAUUAGUUUUCACAGCUCUAAUAAAUAAAAGUAGUACUUAAUAUUAUUAACAAUAAUCGGACUCAUAAAAAGUGAGGCCAUUUUCCGGUUUGACUGAUUAAGCUCUGUGGUUCGAAAAUAAUGGGAAAUUGUUUAAAAAUGGGCAACUCAGAUGAUAUUUCACUUUUAAGAGGUAAUGAAAGCUUUAACAGGCAAAUCAGCACUUCGCAUCCAAUUUAUCACCUGGAUGAGCAAGACCAGCGAAUGUACUAUCCAACUUCAACCGUUUCAAUUAAUAACUCAACAUCAACGGCUCAUCAGAUUUUGGAAGAUGGUCAAGUGAGGAUAGCCAAGCGGAUUGGUUUAAUGCAACAUUUGCCAAUAGGAACAUAUGAUGGAUGCUCAAAAAUGUCAAGAGAGUGUGUCAUUUGCAUGGCUGAGUUUAAUGUUGGGGAAGCUGUGCGUUAUCUUCCUUGCAUGCACAUUUAUCAUGUUAACUGCAUAGAUGACUGGUUAUUAAGAAGUCUUACUUGUCCUAGUUGUUUAGAACCUGUUGAUGGUGCCUUAUUAAUAAGCUACGACACAACAUAGUAGUGUUUUAAUCUGAAUUUAUUUUUAAAACACUUUGUUAAAUUUUAAGGGAAGUUAUGAAAUUCAAUUUCAGCUGAUAAAAUUGCUUCAUAUAAUAUGUAGAUCUUUGUUAUCAUUUUAAAUAUUUUAUAUAGUCAUCUGUAUAGCUGCUCCAUACUUAUUAUUUACGAAAUGUAAUUUGGAAAUGUAAUUAUCUUGAGGACAAAAAUGAAUUGUAAACUAUAUAUAUUUAAAAUAAUAUAAUAUAAUAUAUAUUAAAACUAUAAUAAUUCAAA